AGGAUGGAGCCGUCGGGCGAGGCGGCGCACGGGGCGUCCCUGCUGCGGGGCCUGGCGUCGCUGCGGGCCGAGCGGUGCCUGCUGGACGUGACGCUGGUGGCGGGGGGCGGGCGCGAGUUCGGGGCGCACCGGGCGGUGCUGGCGGCGGCGUCGGGCUACUUCCGCGCCAUGUUCGGCGGGGCGCUGCGGGAGUCGCGGGCCGAGCGGGUGCGGCUGCACGGGGUGGAGCCCGAGUGCCUGGCGCUGCUGCUCGACUUCGCCUACACGGGCCGCGUGGCGCGGCUGGGCCCGGAGCUGGCCGAGCGCCUGCUGCGCGCCGCCGACCUGCUGCAGUUCCCGGCCGUCAAGGAGGCGUGCGGCGCCUGGCUGGCGGCGCGCCUGGAGCCGGCCACGGCGCUGGACGUGCAGGACUUCGCGGAGACCUUCGCGUGCGCGCCCCUCGCCGCCGCCGCCCACCGCUGCGUCCUGCGCCACGCCGCCGCCGGCGCCGACGGGCUGGGCGCGCAGCUGGAGCGCCUGCCGCUGGCGCGCCUCCUCUCCUACCUGCGCGACGACGCGCUGCGCGUGCCCAAGGAGGAGGCCGCCUUCGCGCUGGCCCUGCGCUGGGUGCGCGCCGAGCCGGCCGCGCGCGCCGCCCUCCUGCCCCAGCUCCUGGCCCACGUGCGCCUGCCCUUCGUGCGCCGCUUCGCCCUGCUGGCCCACGUGGAGGGCGAACCGCUGGUGGCGCGCUCGCCCGCCUGCCUGCGCCUCGUCGCCGAGGCGCGCCUCUUCCAGGCCGGCCGCCUCGACCGCCACGACCGCGGGCCCUGCGCGCGCCUCCGCCCGCGCCCCUCCACCGGCCUGGCCGAGAUCCUGGUGGUGGUGGGCGGCUGCGACCGCGACUGCGACGAGCUCGCCGCCGUCGACGGCUUCAACCCCCGCAACGGGCACUGGCGCGACCUCGCCGAGUUCCCCGAACACCUGGGCGGCGGCUACAGCCUGGCCGCCCUGCGCAACGACAUCUACGUCUCCGGAGGAUCCGAUGGCUCUAGACUCUACGACUGCGUCUGGCGGUACAACUCCAGUGUGAACGAGUGGACGGAGGUGUCCCCGAUGUUAAAAGCCCGCGAGUACCACAGCUCGGUGGUCUUGGACGGGCUCCUCUACAUCGUGGCUUCGGACAGCACAGAGCGCUACGACCACUCGCUGGACGCCUGGGAGGCUAUGCAGCCCAUGCUCUACCCCAUGGACAACUGCUCCACCACGGCCUGCCGCGGCAAGCUCUACGCCACGGGCUCUUUGGCCGGCAAAGAGUCCAUGGUUAUGCAGUGCUACGACCCGGAGACGGACCUGUGGUCUCUCGUCAACUGCGGGCAGGUACCCCCUUGGUCAUUCGCCCCCAAGACCGUCACUCUCAGCGGGCUGAUGUAUUUUGUAAGAGAUGACUCUGCUGAAGUUGAUGUGUACAACCCCAUGAAGAAUGAAUGGGACAAAAUCCCUCCAAUGCUCCAGGUGCACGUCGGGGGAAGCUUAGCUGUACUGGGCGGGAAGCUCUAUGUCUCCGGCGGCUACGACAGCACCUUCGAACUGUCCAGCAUCGUCGAGGCUUACGAUCCUGAGACACGGACCUGGAGCGUGGUGGGCCAGCUGCCGGAGCCCGUCUUCUGGCACAGCAGCGUCAGCAUCUUCCGCCAGUUCAUGCCCGAGACCCAGGAGGACGAGGAGCCCCCCUUGGACAACGCCGUCAGCCUGAGCCGUCAGCAGCAGAACCUUCGCAACCAGAAUCUGAAUGAGCUGCGUUAACAGCUGGCCGGCU